AAUCCCAAAACAAGCUUUGGGGUCUACAGACCGCAGUUUGGGAUACCCCUCCCCGGAAGUGGGUGGCGGAGUCGCCGUCAUCACACCAGUCAGACCACCGUCGACACAGAGUCUGCUGGGAUGAAGCUCGACACCGGAGAACCACAGGGAUCGAUCCAGUUCUGAGGCUGAACCCAGUCUUGGUGAUAACGCGGUGAAGCGAUCGGAUUGUUCGCCGGAGAAGGAAGGAAAUCCGCGCGUCGCCAACAUGAUGGAGGAAAUAGACAGAUUCCAGGUACCGAGCGCGGUGCAGGAGGCUGAGAUGCAGUCUGAGAUGCAGCCGCUGGACCCAACUUCUUCCACUGCCUCAGAGACAGACUCAGACACCAGAGAAGGAGAAGCUGUUACUAUCAACUAUAAGCCUUCCCCCCUCCAGAUGAAAAUAGAGAAGCAAAGAGACCUUGCCAGAAAGGGCUCAUUAAAGAACAGCAACACUGUAAGUAGUCCAGUUAACCAGCAGCCCAAGAAGAACAACGUCAUGGCCAGAACACGGUUGGUAGUGCCCAAUAAAGGUUAUUCCUCUUUAGACCAGAGCCCAGAUGAAAAGCCCUUGGUGGCCUUAGAUACCGACAGUGAUGAUGAUUUCGACAUGUCUAGAUACUCGUCGUCAGGAUAUUCUUCUGCAGAGCAAAUCAAUCAGGAUCUGAACAUCCAGCUACUGAAAGACGGCUACCGCCUCGACGAGAUCCCAGACGACGAGGACCUGGAUCUGAUCCCACCUAAAUCAGUCAACCCCACCUGCAUGUGCUGCCAGGCGACCUCCUCCACAACCUGCCAAAUCCAGUAACCCCCCCCCCCCCCCUCCCCAAGCCGCAGGCUUCCCUUACCCUCACAAACUUACCCCUGCUGUCUUCAUCCGCUGUGAGUUUACCUCGCCACCAGAGUGGCAAAAGUGAGGCAUUUAUAGAAUAUCGUCAUGACAGUAAAGUGCUGCGAUGAUUAGGUAAAUAAUCACACUAACAAGUAAAAACGUCGGCACAAAAUCUAGAACAUGCAGGAAAAGAGGGAAUGUGUGAUGGUAAAAGCAGUAAAGUGGUGGAUUCCUCCCAUGGUAGGACAUACACUUCUGUUUGAGAGCUCCUAACCCUGGUGGACGUGAUGCGACCCUGAUAUGAGUUUGCAGGUGUGAAAAGGUCAGUUGCUGCUGCGAAGUGGUCUCCAUUUCCCUGACCGAAUAUAAACGUUACCAUUACUGCUGAUUCAACUGUUCUGCUCUGGUUCUGCCUUGUUUUAAUUUUUUUUUUUCCUCUUUUUAUUUUAGUGCAUUAACUCUGUGACAUUUAGAUAUCAACCAUCCUGUACCUGGUAAUGAGAAAUGUGGGAUGUGUUCUUUAUAUUCCCCAAACAGAUCAUCUCUGGUACUGUUUCCUUUGUACUGUACAGGGUUGGUAUGUAGCACAGGUCAGAUCUUUGCACACGUCAACACCGACAUUCUCAGCUUUCACUGCAGCCCAACUCUGCAGAGUUUACGGAUGGAUGUUUGAACAUGAAUGACUGUGGUACGAAACUGCAUGAAGGCCACCAGAAUACAAUGUAUGGAGGAAUAUAUAAAGCACGUGGCUUUGGCCCAAUUGAUUUUCUGCUGUGCAAUCACAUGCUGCUCUUAUGGCACGAGCUUGAGUCCUUCAAUUUUAUUUUGCACUUAUUUUAUGUUAUAUGGACUCAUAUCACUCUUUCCUGCACCAUAUGUGAAAGUCGCUUACCUGAGAUGAUCUGUUUCAGGUAAGCCUGAAGGGAAGGCUACACGUUUUAACUGUGACGCUCUGAUUUCUACAGUGUCUUGCAGAAGUAGUUAUACACCUUGGAUUUUUGCACAGUGUGUCAAAAAAAAAAACCUAAGCGUGUUUUAUUGGAAUCUGAUGUGAAAGGACAGCAGAAUGCAGAUCAUCAUUGCGGAAGGAAAAGGAUACAUGGUUUUCAUUAUUUCUAAUAUCUAAUAAUGUGAAAAAUGUGGUAUGCAUUCAAUAUUUUCUCUGCAAUUACAUCUGCAAGCCCUUCGUGGUGUUUCUAUAUCAGCUUGGAACAUCCAGACACAGACAUCCUCACUCGCUAAAUAACUUCAGCGCAGCCAGAUUCAGUUUAGAGUUUCUGUAAAGAUCAUUCUGCAGUACUUGCCACAGAUUCUCAAUUGGGAUAAGGCCUGGACUUUGACAGGACCCUUUUCACACGUAAACAAGCCUUGAUCUCCUGUAACCUACUCUCCUGCUGCUUUAAAGUGAACGUCUCUUUUGCAGCCUCUGAACGGUUUUCCCCAGCAUGACGCCACCACCACGUUUCACCAUGUAGAUGGUGUAUUAAGGGUUAUAUGCAGUGUUUUAUUUUCCUCCAUAAGUGGAUUUGCGUGUGGCUUUUGGCAAACUCCAAAUUGCAAAACUUCUCCACAAGUUUGCCCCUGACUUUUCCCAGUAUGUUAUUUGAUCUUCAAGAUACCAUUUGUUCAUGAAUGUUCUCUGACAUUUGUGUAACUUUAAACACAGGGGAGUUCUAUAUCCUAUUUGCACUGCAUUUUAUUCAGGUUCAUCUGAGUAAAAGAGGGCUGAAUGCACAUGCACUCCACUAUUUGGAGAAUCAUGUAUCGUUUUCCUUCUGUUUAACAAUUAUGAGCUGCUUUGUGUUGGUCAGUCACAUUAAAAUCUAGUAAUAUAUGUGGAAUUUUGUGGUUUUAAUUUGAUAAAAAGUAAAAUAAAUAAAUAGAUAAAAAGGAGUAUAAUUACUUUACAAGGUGCUGUACUCUAUCAAGGCCAAAGGCACAACGGGGGGGAAGUUCAGAUAGAUUUCCCAUACUGAGUUUGUUGCGUUAGACCUUCUCGUUAACUGUAUCUCCUCUCUAGUGUCACGGGGGCGUGACGAUCGCUGGGCGCUGCUAAUCUUUAAGGGAAACAUAUGAGUCCAGAUCAGAAAGAGGCUCCUUCGCCUCUCACACACGCCUCCGUCCACAACUAGAAUGCCAGAAUGUUAAAUGAAAAGGUAACAACGUUGACAAAUAGGGUAGGAAGCAUUUUGUUAUCCCAACAUCUAGGAUCAUUGACCUGGAGCGCCGGUAUCCUUCAUUUACAACCCUCUCCCUUCUCUGGUUCAGUUGUUUUAAUGCAAUUAGAGUAUGCCUUAAGGACAGAGAAGUUUGAAAAAGCUGUGUUUUUAUUGCUGUUAUUUUUGGUUUAUUUGAGGAAGAAAGAUUUUUUUUUAACGUGUAACUUUUUUUCUUUGGUUCCUCUUUUUUAAAUGACUUGUAUGUAUUGUAAACAGUUCCAUUACAGUAUUUACCAAUGUUAUUGUCAUGUGCAGUGUAUGAAGGUGAUUAAUAAACACAAAGCAAAUGGAAACCUC